GAGAAUACAAAUCCGAAGCACCAAAGCUAAAUGGAAAAGAAGGAAACUGGUCUUAAUUUUGCCUCUGAUAUGAAUCAAUUUUGGUUACUUGGUCCAUUCUGUCCUGUUAUGGAAUCCAAGUAAAGUCAAACACAGAUUCAUGCCCCCCAAGACCGUUUUAACAAAACACGCUAAAAUACUCUUCAACCCUCUUUCAAAUGCUUCAAGGAAACAAACUCUACAAAGCCUCAAACUUAUCAAAGUAACUCAUUAACAAAAGAAUGCUAUUUCCCUGUAUAUUUUAAGGUUUCACAUUCAACCAAACAUUUCCUAAUAAUUUUUUUAGUUUUAAAUUUCUGUCAUGGCAAUCCUUAAGAUAACCAAAAAGCACCAUAAGCGUUUCAACAACCCUUUCCCCUCUUCUGCUUCAACCACCAUCCCGUAUGUCCAAGGCUCUCUCUUCAUCAACUCCAAAACAGAACUUUCAGAUCAAACCUUCUCAAUUGGUAAUGAUUUUCAGCUUUCUUGGACCACCAACAGUGGUGGGCACCUCUCAAUUUCUCAUCUUUCUCAGGUUACCAGACCCAUUUGGUCUACCAUUCCAGGACAGGCCUUUAUCUCAGCUGCACUGGUUGACACUGAGGUGGAAGAAAGUAGAGGAUCAUUUCUUGUCAAAGACAAAGAUGUUCAUUUGAUUUGCAACCACCAAACCAUUGAGGGUAUUAGGAUGAUCAAUAAUCAAUUUGGUCAUCAUUUGGAAUAUGAAGUUGCAGAUUUUCCAUCUGGGCAUCAAGGAUUGGACCAGAAAACUGACACACAAGAAACCAAGCUUCCUACUUUGAUGAUCACAGGAAGGCUUUUCAAUAUGACUAAGAAGAACAGAAGGUUUCAAAAGCAUGGCAUUCAAGCAAAUAUACAGUUUGAAGCAAAAGGGCCCUCUGUGUAUGCAAGGUAUUGGGUUUUCUUCCAUCAGAAAACCAACCAUGAGGUCGGGUUUCAAGUGAAGAUUGAGAAACCCAACUUCAUCUCACGCAACCAGGUGUCUACAGCAGCUUCAGGAGGAUACCGUGGCUUUAAGAGGAGGCUGAGUAAUCGGAAAAAGAGACUAGGUUGGUGUUGGUACCUUUCAAGGCCAAGAGGAUUUGUUCUGGUUUCUUCAGUAGAGGAAGAAAUAGGAGACUUGAGAAUCUCAAAAUCAGAAGAAUUCAAUAGAAUGUGGUUGACAUAUGCAAGUGAUGAAAAUGAGAGGUUUUAUGGUUUUGGGGAGCAGUUUUCUCACAUGAAUUUCAAAGGCAAAAGGGUGCCCAUCUUUGUUCAAGAGCAAGGUAUUGGCAGAGGAGAUCAACCUAUUACCUUAGCUGCCAACUUGAUCAGUUACAGGGCAGGAGGUGAUUGGAGUACAACUUAUGCUCCUUCUCCAUUCUACAUGACAUCAAAAAUGAGGUCUGUCUACCUUGAAGGAUAUGAUUAUACGGUCUUCGAUCUUACUAGACUUGACAGAGUACAGAUACAGAUACAUGGAAACUCGGUUGAAGGGAGGAUAUUGCAUGGGAACUCACCAUGUGAACUGAUUGAACGUUUCACGGAAAGCAUUGGAAGGCUACCUGAGCUUCCGGAGUGGAUAAUAUCUGGUGCUAUAGUUGGAAUGCAGGGUGGCACAGAUGCUGUACGCCAUAUUUGGAAUGUACUAAGGACUUACGAUGUUCCUAUCUCAGCAUUUUGGUUGCAGGAUUGGGUAGGGCAGAGAGAAACAUUGAUCGGUUCACAACUCUGGUGGAAUUGGGAAGUGGAUUCACAAAGGUAUUGUGGGUGGAAGGAGCUUAUCAAAGAUCUUAGGACUCAGCAUAUAAGAGUUAUGACAUAUUGCAAUCCCUGUUUAGCUCCGGUUAAUGAGAAACAAAACAAAAGGAGAAACCUCUUUGCGGAGGCAAAACAGAUGGACAUACUUGUGAAAGACAGCAAUGGAAAUCCAUACAUGGUUCCAAACACAGCUUUUGAUGUAGGAAUGCUAGAUCUAACACACCCAAAAACUGCAACUUGGUUCAAGCUGAUUCUACAAGAAAUGGUUGAUGAUGGCGUUAGAGGAUGGAUGGCUGAUUUUGGUGAAGGCCUUCCAGUCGAUGCUGUUCUAUAUUCAGGUGAAAAUCCUAUUUCAGCUCAUAACAGAUACCCAGAACUAUGGGCCAAAAUUAACAGGGAACUUGUGGAAGAAUGGAAAAGUAACUCCUUGGACAAGGUGAAGGAAGACCAGGAAGAGGACCUGGUUUUCUUCAUGAGGGCUGGUUAUAGGGAUAGCCCCAAGUGGGGGAUGCUAUUUUGGGAAGGAGACCAAAUGGUUAGUUGGCAAACAAAUGAUGGAAUAAAGAGUUCUGUUGUUGGCCUACUGAGCAGUGGAAUUUCUGGCUAUGCCUUUAAUCACAGUGACAUUGGAGGAUACUGUACAAUAAACUUACCCAUAGUUAAGUAUAGAAGAACUCAAGAAUUGCUUUUGCGAUGGAUGGAGCUAAAUUCUUUCACCACAGCCUUCCGCACCCAUGAAGGCAACAAACCAUCAUCCAACAGCCAGUUUUACUCAAACCAACAAACCUUGUCACACUUUGCGCGUUUUGCAAAAGUAUAUGCGGCAUGGAAAUUUUACCGAAUUCAACUGGUGAAGGAAGCUGCAAAGAAAGGAUUGCCUGUUUGCCGCCACCUGUUUCUCCAUUAUCCUAAUGAUGAACGUGUGCAUCACUUGAGUUAUGAGCAGUUCUUGGUUGGUUCUGAGUUCUUAGUGGUGCCUGUUCUUGACAAAGGAAAGAAGAAAGUUAAAGCUUAUUUUCCAUUGGGAGAGAGUUGCAGUUGGCUACAUAUCUGGACUGGAAAAGUAUUUUCCAAACAAGGAAGUGAAGAAUGGAUAGAAUCUCCAAUAGGAUAUCCUGCUGUAUUUGUUAAGGUUGAUUCCCACAUUGGAGAAACCUUUCUUAAUAACCUUAGAAGUUUAGGCAUUCUUCAAUGAACUAUACAUCAGAUAUAGACAGUCUUAGAUA